CCGAUGAGUGAUUAUGCUGUUACACAUUGUACCUGCCGUGCGGCCUGCUAUUAUCCUCGUCGCCUAAAUAGGCAUUGUUCAAUAAACAAUGGAACAAAGGAAGGGCGGCCUGUCGGCCGCCAAAGCCGACCGGCCGCGAAGAAAACUCCAAAAGAGCGCCACCAAGCAACAUAGCAUCUUCGCAUGCCGCUUCGGCUUGAGGGCAUCGAACCAGCCUGUGGCGACCAAUGAAUCCGAUACCACGUUGAACAAGCCCGCAUCUCGGUCACGGCGUCGUUGGUCACUGGCGCCUUCGGAACGCGGCGAGCCCAGAGAAGACGUAUCCUCCCGGAGAGAGGCGUGUUUCUAUAAUCCUAAGCCGCCUUUGAAUUCUCCCGAAGAACAUCGCCCAGAUCAGGUCUACGAACCGCCCGAGCGCUCCUCUUAUCUCAUCCCCAGCCGCCCGCCGCCGCAACCGUCAUCCCGCGCAGAUCCCCAAAGCCCUUUCACCUCGACCAUGAGACGUCGCCCAAAGACGCCGAUUCUAUCGAUCACGCCGCCAGAGGAUGGCCCGAGGGCCGGCAACGUCCUGGGCAGGACUUCGAGCGUGGACCUCAUCGCAGAGCAGUACCGGGCGUUGCUCGAAUCCCGGCCCAGCUCCGUGUACUCGGAUGCUUACUCGGAGCCGGCCUUAUCCCCGCAGGGCAGCGACCGCGACCACGACGAACCACUGACCCUCAAGCCGCGAAGCAGCUCAUCAGUGUACCUGCCGGGCGAGACUCGCACCGGCACCACCUCGCAACGGGCGACGGUCGAACUGCCGGAUCCGUCCCCGACGUCGGACGACGGCACGCUGGUGUCAUUCCAGGACGAGACCGUCUACUUCAAGCCCAUCUCGUUCUCCCCGCGGCCGGAGUCGCCGCUGCUGCCGCCCUCCCUGGCAAGACAUUCAUGUGCCGCAGCAGCAUCGGCCGCAUCUGCCGACGGCAACGUCAGCCUGCAGAUCUGCCUCGACCUCCUCACGCGCGAGCUGUCCUCGGCCAUGGCCGGCCGCCCGAGCUGCGCUUCCGCGACCACCUCGGCGCUGCAGGUGUGGGCCAUGAUCGAGGCGUACGAGCGGCUGCGGGACCAGGUGGUCGAGGACAGCCGCGGCGGCAAUGCACAGCAGCAGGCAACGUCGAUGGAGAUGAUGUUCGACGUGUGGCUAAGGGCGUUGUACUCGAUACACGACUCGCUGGCCGGCGCUGCAAGGAGGGAGGGUAAUGACGAUGAAGCCGAGCUUGGUCCGGAUGAGCUGGUUUAGAGUUUGGCACGAUGAUACCAAUUUAGAUAUGGACGGGAGUUCUGGCUGGGGUUCUCGUG